AUGAAAUUUCCCUUCUCUCUCUCUCUCUCUCUGUGUGUGUGUGUGUGGUUUUUGCUGGAGGUGGGGGAGCGUUUUUCAGAUGCAAUGUUUUAUUUAUUCCUGUGGUUGGAUCGUUUUUUUUUUUUGUUUUGGGGAGAGGCCUACCGUUUUUUUCUUUUUUGCACAGCAGCAACUGCAGGAAGAGUCAUAUUUGUGUGUUUGUGUGUAUUUAUGGACUUGGACGGUGAGUUUCAGCAUGAGUGUGACGAGAAGAUUAUCCCAAAAGUCCUCUGCUGCAUGUGUGGCCUGUUGAUUGACAGCAACCCAAGCAACAUGUGCCCCAGUUGUCUCCGUUCACAUGUCGACAUCACCGAGUCUUUGCAAAAGGAAUAUAUUAUUGUAUACUGCCCGGAAUGUACCCGCUAUCUUCAGCCUCCACAGUAUUGGAGUCGUGCAGAUUUGGAAAGCCGUGAAUUGCUUACAAUUUGCCUCAAACGCAUCAAAGGGAUGAGCCGAAAUGUGUUUAAGUUGGUUGAUGCCAACUUUAUAUGGACAGAGCCACACUCAAAACGGCUGAAAGUGAAACUUGUACUUCAGAAGGAAGUAUUGAACAAUAUUGUCAUUCAACAAGCAUGCGUGGUGGAGUACGUUGUCCUCUGGCAGCAGUGCCCAACCUGUCAAAAGGUAGCAACAGGACAACCACAGUGGGAUGCGUGUGUUCAGGUACGACAGAAAACCACACAUAAGAAAACAUUUCUGUUUCUUGAGCAACUUAUAUUAAAACAUAAAUUACAUGAGAGUUUUAUUCGUGUUGAGUCUAAGCCAGAUGGCUUGGAUUUCUUUUUUGCGCAUAAGAGCCAUGCAAUGAAUUUUUUGGAGUUUUUAAAUCGGAAUAGCCCUAUAACACGUCGAGACGCCGUGCAGCUUGUAUCACACGAUAGCAAGAAUAAUACAGCUGUACAACACCAUACGUUUUCGGUUGAAAUUGCUCCACUGUGCCGUGAAGAUCUUCUCUUGCUUCCUUACCAAAAUUACUAUCUGAAACUUGGUGGACUUGGCCCUCUUGUCAUUGUGCAUAAAGUAUACAGCAGUAUUGUGUUACUGGAUCCAAAAACCCUGCGCGCUGGUGAGUUUACGGGUCAGUAUUACUGGAAGAAACCAUUUCCUACUUUUAUGAGCUCCCGUGAACUCACGGAAUUUUACGUGCUGGAAUGUACUCCCACAGGUGUAACAAACGGCCGUUAUCAACUCGGUGUGGUGACUCUCUGCCUAUCCUCCGAGGUUGGCCAGGGGCGUGAGUGGAUUGUGACAUCGCACCUCGGUGGAUUGUUGCAACCUGGUGAUCUUGCGAUGGGGUAUCUGCUGGAGGGAAAGAACUUUAACAACGAGGAAUGGGACAGUCAACGGUACAAACCGGAGCAACUCCAAGAGGUGUUCCUUGUGCGGAAACACUUCCCUUCCCAAAGGGCACGGCGCCACAAGCGUGUAUGGAAGCUUAAGCAUUUGGACGUCCUGGAUCCUAUGUCCAUGGGACGCAAUGAAAAACGUCAGGAGGAGCUUGAGGAGGAGCGGCGGGAGUUUGAGGACGACCUUGAGCGUGACGCAGAGUUCCGCCGUGACGUGCCCAUUUACAAGAUGUCAGAAUUUGAGUUGGCUCAACGUGCGGCAAAGAAUGGCAAAGAUUGCGCGGAACCGGAAGAAGAGGGAGACGAGGAUGAUGGGGUGCCGCAGAUUGCGCUUGAAGAGAUGCUGGACGAGCUCAGGAUUGAGGACGACGCGCUGGAUGACGCAGCGGAUGACGCAGAGGUCGUGGUGCCAGAACAGCCACAGAAGAGGCGACGGGCUGAGUAA